AUGGAGGGAUUGAAUGUUGCAAUGAAAUAUGUUGUUGAAAAGGGCAUUUUCAAUAGCAUUCAAGUACCGGGUGAUGGACAAGCAAUAUCUCAUAUAUUCUAUGCAGAUGAUGCGUUGUUCGUCGGUGAAUGGUCGAGGUCAAAUCUGAAAAACCUAGCAAGCAUUCUCAAAUGUUUUCAUGUUUCAUCAGGUUUGCGAGUGAACUUUCAUAAAUCCAAGGUUUUUGGUGUUGGGGCUUCUAACACCGAAACUGCACAGUGGGCACAUAUUCUUGGAUGCGAAGCUGGUGUACUCCCAUUCACCUAUCUCGGGGUUCCGGUUGGAGCCAACAUGAACCUGAUAAAAAACUGGAACCCAAUCAUUGAAAAGUUUCGAAACAAGCUCUCUCGUUGGAAAGCUAAAACCCUUUCAUUUGGUGGAAGGCUUACCUUAAUCAAAGCUGUACUAGGAAAUCUUCCUACCUAUUACAUGUCAUUAUUUAGAGCUCCCAUCGGAGUCAUUGAAAAACUGGAGAAGAUAAGAAGGAAAUUUUUAUGGAGGGGUCAUGAAGAAAAAAAUAAAAUUAAUUGGGUUUCAUGGGAGAAUGUUAUCGCUCCUAAGGAACUUGGUGGCUUGGGAGUCGGAGCAAUUCGUACACUGAAUGUUGCUCUCAUUGUUAAAUGGUGA